UUGAUAAACUGCUCUCUUGGAGUAUUAAAUGUGCCAGCGUUGCCAAAAUUAAGUGAGCUUAAUCUAAGUGAAUGUUAUUUGAAAUCGUUGAAUCUAUGCCAAACACCUUUAAAACAACUAGUAUUAGAUGAUUCCACAAUAGAAUCAGUAUGCAUACAAGAUACUAAAGAACUAAGCCUUUUGCUUUUUCGGAAAUUAUCUUUUGAAUCCCUAAGCAUUCAACAAGUCGCUAAUCUAAAAUUUUUAUCAAUAUCCGACUCAUCUUUUAAACAGUUAGUCCUGCAUGAUGUAUCUAAUAUAGAGAACAUGGUUUUAAAUAUCUGCACAUUUGAAUCAAUAGAAUUCUGGGGUGUUUUGAAUGUGCGGCGUCUUGGACUGAUAGACUGUGAUCUCUCCAAGGCUGGGACCAUUUGGAAGAGUCUAACAACGUUGGAGUCUCUGAAGGAGCUAUCUGUUAAAAACUGUAGAGGAGUCUCAGCAGUUCCCUAUGAAAUUGGUAAAAUCAAAGGACUAGAAAAGCUAACACUUGAUUUAAGAGAUCUUGAAACGAUCACUUUUCAAAGAUGUACUUCAGAAGCAGAAAACGGCACGCCACCAGUCGAAGAGUUUAAAUUCCCCGAAACGCUACAGGAAUGUAGGAUCUUUGUAAAAAAAGGCCUUGUGCAAACUAUUAUGUGUUGGUGGCUUCAAAAGUUGCUUACCCUGAAGUCAGGACAAGUUCUACCAAAACUAAUCAUUAAUGAUGUGGAAUGUUGUGGUAUUGCAAUGCAUUGA